GACAUUCGAGGGUAGCAACAGUUGCCUCGAGACCCCGUCGCGCCAUAGUGACUGUAGCCGUGGAGACAGUUACUUACCAACGGGCGCAACACUCAGCAACAGCAGCAGCAGCAUCUGGAAGUCAACGAGCGAGUGUGAGAGAGGGGAAAGAGAGCACAGACAGAACUUUUCUCAAGGCAAAGCAUGCAGAGCUCCGAGGGAGGGUCAGACACCACGGCCAGCGUGGCAGCGCUGCGGACGUCAUCAUCAGCUCAGGCUCCUGUGGUACAGCCUGUCCCAGCCUCCCAGCAGAGGGUGCUGGUUCAAGCUACAGGCUCAGCUCAGAAGGGAGGACAAGUACAGCAGCUUUCAGUACCCAGGGUUCAACAGGUCUCUCAGCAGGUUCAGCAGGUGCAACAUGUCUACCCAUCCCAGGUCCAAUAUGUAGGAGAAAGUGGAGAGACUGUUUACACCAAUGGAACUAUCCGAACAGCCUACUCCUACAACCCCGAGGCUCAGUUGUACGGGCAGAGCAGUGGGGGAACCUACUUUGACUCGCAGGCCGGUGUCACAACGGUGGUCUCCUCUGCCAGUGGUGGGGUGCCUCCUCAUGGCAUGGUGGGCAUCGCUAUGGAUGUGGGCAGCAGCCACAUCAUCUCCAGCGGAAACACCUACCUGAUUCAUGGAGGAAGUAUGGAGGGAAGCCGCAACCAUAUAUCACACUCAUCACGCUCCUCCUCAGCUAUGCUUGAAAUGGCGAUUGAAAACCUCCAAAAGUCUGAAGGAAUUGCAAGUCACAAAAGCAGCCUGCUCAACAGCCAUCUGCAGUGGCUGCUGGACAACUAUGAGACAGCGGAGGGAGUGAGCCUGCCCCGGUGCUCCCUGUAUAACCAUUACUUACGGCACUGUCAGGAACAGAAACUGGAUCCGGUCAACGCAGCCUCCUUCGGCAAACUCAUCCGUUCGGUCUUCAUGGGCCUCAGGACCCGCCGCCUCGGCACCAGAGGCAACUCUAAGUAUCAUUACUAUGGCAUCCGGGUGAAGCCAGACUCACCGCUGAACCGGCUGCAGGAAGACACCCAGUACAUGGCCAUGAGGCAGCAGCCUGUCCACCAGAAACAGAGGUUCAAACCUCUACAGAAGGUGGACGGUAUGUCUGACAGCCUGUGUGGGAGCUCUCAGCACUGUAACAGCACUCCAGAGCAAUCCGUGGCUGCUCAGAGCCAACAUCACCAGCAGUACAUAGAUACAUCCCACACCUUGCCUCCAUUUCCCUCUCCUGACUUGGGCACCCAGCCUCUGCCUGAGCGCAUCAACAUGAAUGAUAUCAAGAAGCUGCAGACACUCUACAGAGACCACUGUGAGGCUACUUUGGAUGUGGUGAUGAACCUCCAGUUCCACUACAUUGAGAAACUCUGGCAGACCUUUUGGUAUUCAACACCGCCAUCUAGUGAUGGAAAUACCACUAUCUCCAAUAGUGAUGAUGACCUGGAGGGUGUGAUCCCCAGAGAGAAGCUGGUGGCUCUGUGUAAAUAUGAACCAAUCAGACUAUGGAUGAGGAGCUGUGACCACAUCCUCUACCAGGCUCUGGUAGAGAUCCUCAUUCCUGAUGUGCUGCGUCCUGUUCCCAGCACUCUCACUCAGGCCAUUCGUAAUUUUGCCAAGAGUCUAGAGGGCUGGCUGACGACAGCAAUGACCAACUUUCCUCAAGAGAUUAUUCGCACCAAGGUGGCAGUGGUCAGUGCGUUUGCCCAGACGCUGAGACGUUACACCAGUCUCAACCAUCUGGCCCAGGCGGCCCGCGCCGUCCUCCAGAACACCUCCCAGAUCAACCAGAUGCUCUCUGACCUCAACCGGGUGGACUUUGCCAACGUCCAGGAGCAGGCGUCUUGGGUGUGUCAGUGUGACGAGAGUGUGGUUCAGCGUCUGGAGCAGGACUUUAAGGUCACCCUGCAACAGCAGAGCUCUCUGGACCAGUGGGCUACCUGGCUCGACAACGUGGUCUCUCAGGUCCUGAAGCCUCACCAGGGCGGCCCCAGCUUCCCCAAAGCUGCUCGCCAGUUCCUGCUCAAAUGGUCCUUCUACAGCUCCAUGGUGAUCAGAGACCUGACCCUGCGUAGUGCAGCCAGUUUUGGCUCUUUCCACCUGAUCCGCCUGCUCUAUGAUGAGUACAUGUUUUACUUGGUAGAACACCGCGUGGCUCAGGCCACCGGAGAAACUCCAAUUGCUGUCAUGGGAGAGUUCAGUGACCUGACCUCUAUGAUGCCAUCACUCAUGGAAAAAGAUGCCUCCUUCUCAGAUGACAUGAGUGACCUUGGCAGUGAUGCUGAUACAUCCAGAGGGCCUACUGAACCAGCUGUAAAGAGAGAGAGGAUUGACAUGAGCCACCCUCUGCAGGAGAUGUGAGUUGAGUCUGAACGGGGCCGGACUGAAAGCCACAAGGACCAGCAUCUGACCCUAAAGUGGCUUUUGAGGCUCUUUGGGAUGCAGUGGCUUUUGGGGCAAAGCACACCGCGUCCUCCUGCAGAGAGUGUGUGUGUGUGUGUGUGUGCGUGCAAUGUACAUAGAGAAGAAAGUAGCAAUGUCAGUCCUUGCCCCCGCUAGUGUUUGAGAACGGUGAUCUUUUCUCCCAGGAAGCUUGCAUCGGUUUUGUUUUUUUAUUCACAGAUGUGUAACACAGGUCUGAUUUUCUUUCCGUUUCUUGUUGCAACUGUGAAAGACUUUGUGCAGUACCUUUUUAUUGGAUGUGUAACUUUGAGUGGUGGUGUGUGGUGUUUAUGUGAUUCGUCUUCUCUCUCGCUCUCUUUUUAGAAAAAAAAAAAUCUCAACUAGCUGUGCCAUAGUGUAAUUUGAGUGCCUUAGAUCGCUAACCUUGAAACCACCACUACAGAUGUCUAUCUGUCCCUCAGCUGUGCCUCUACCGCAGUAUGAAUGUAUCGUCUCCAAACCUCAGACAUUCAAAGCACCUUUAACAGUGAUUAGGUGUAUAUACUCCUUGUUGCCUCUGCUGCAGCUCGCAGCAAACGCACACUACAAACAAACAAACAACAUGCAACCUACUGACCCAAAGGACCUUCCCCUCAGCUUAGCCACAGUCAUGGCUCAGUAGGGCCUCAUAGUCUCGCAGUAGUCCAGAAGGCAGGGAACUCCGUACGUUACAUUGGCUGCGUAAGAUGUUGGUUUGUUUACCUCAAUACUUUUUUUUUUAAAAGAUUAUUUUUUUGGGCAUUUUCGGCCUUUAUUUUUACAGGACACUCAUCGAGGAGUAAACCUCUAUAUAUGGGUGCCCGCUCUACCAACUGAGCUAUCCCGGCGCCCCCUCAAUAGAUUUCUAUGCUGUUCGGCUCAGAUGACAUGAGGCAAGUAUUUAAAAAAUGUAAAAAAAUUUAAAAAUGUAGCCACUGUUGCGGUUUCUGUCUCCCACUCCUGUUUCCUUUUCAUGUAAAUAGUUCUCGACAAAUGUUUUCAAUCCUGCGAUAGCUCCUCCGUGUGCUGUUAGGUUGCAUUAGUAAGUCCUUAUUCAGUGACUCAUAUGUGCAGACCUGUGGUGGUUCACUCAGCUGCCAGAGAGUUGGGAAUACAUCCAGAGUAAUCGACUUAAUGGAGAAGGGAUGUUAAAACCUAAACUGGAAUCUGGUCUGGCUCAUUGAGCCUCAUUUCCUGAUUAAAAAGUGGUUGUGCAUUUCAUCUAAAAAUGGCUCAAUCAAUACAAGUUCGAGCGAUGGACCUGUAAAACCAAAACUCUUACACAGAAAGAGGAUCUCGUUGGCAUCUGAGCCGGCACACGCCCCCUGACUUCAGAUACUUGACCUCAUGCGGUUACUCAGAUUAAAGUCUUAUGUUCUGUUAUUUGGGGAGUUUGUCCAUAAUAAAUUAUAUAUAUAUAUAUAUAUCUUUGUAUGAUGUAGAAAGUUUGUGCUCUGUGGCCUUCGGUCUUUGCCUAAUCUCUCUCCUCACACUGUACUUGGUCACAUUGUAUCAGAAGAAAAUGCUUUGAUGUGUAAUUGAUUAGACUGGCGUGUGUGGUAAAUUUGUUUCCAAUCUCAAUUGUUCAAUGUAUGAAAUUUCAAUUAUUACUGUGGCGUCACUGCGCCUGAGUACGCUAUCAAACUGUAACGAGAGGAAUGUCAGCUUUGUGUUGAAAUUGGUUUGGUUGAUUUA